CAAAAAUAUUAAUUGUUCAGAUGGAGAAAACAAAGAUAAUUGUUGCUAUAACUCUAAUUUUAGGUGCAAUUAGUGUUGCCAUAAACACAACGGAUAGGAAAUUGAUAUUAACUGAGUCUCAGAAUGAUUCAUUUUUAAAGAAACUUAAUAUUAAUACAGUUAAUGAACAAAAAGAAGGCAUGGCUUAUAGAGAAGCUUAUGAAGAUGGAUAAAUUGAAGGAAUGAGAUAUAGAGAGAUUGAAGAUUAAGAAAUUUAAGAAGAAAAUCAUAUUGAAGGCAUGGCAUACAGAGAAGUUUAUGAAGAUGGAUAAAUUGAAGGAAUGAGAUACAGAGAGAUUGAAGACUAAGAAAUUUAAGAAGAAAAUCAUAUUGAAGGCAUGGCUUAUAGAGAAAUCUAUUAAGAUGGAUAAAUUGAAGGAAUGAGAUAUAGAGAGAUUGAAGAUUAAAAAAUUUAAUAAGAAAAUCAUAUUGAAGGCAUGGCUUACAGAGAAGUUUCUGAAGAUGGAUAAAUUGAAGGAAUGAGAUACAGAGAGAUUGAAGACUAAGAAAUUUAAGAAGAAAAUCAUAAUGAAGGCAUGGCUUAUAGAGAAGUCUAUUAAGAUGGAUAAAUUGAAGGAAUGAGAUACAGAGAGAUUGAAGACUAAGAAAUUUAAGAAGAAAAUCAUAUUGAAGGCAUGGCUUAUAGAGAAAUCUAUUAAGAUGGAUAAAUUGAAGGAAUGAGAUAUAGAGAGAUUGAAGAUUAAGAAAUUUAAUAAGAAAAUCAUAUUGAAGGCAUGGCUUAUAGAGAAAUCUAUUAAGAUGGAUAAAUUGAAGGAAUGAGAUACAGAGAGAUUGAAGACUAAGAAAUUUAAGAAGAAAAUCAUAUUGAAGGUAUGGCAUACAGAGAAGUUUAUGAAGAUGGAUAAAUUGAAGGAAUGACAUAUAGAGAAAUAGAAACAUCAUAGAGCAAUUAAGACUAUGUGAUAUUUUGAUUUCAUUAUUAAUUGAAAAUAUGAAUAUUACAUUUUUGCAAAA